CAAUGGUGAUGCUUGAAACUUGUAGUGAUUGUCUUUCCAACAAUACUUGAAACAAUCCAUUCUGGUUCUAGACUUCAAUUCAUUCUUCCAUUGUAGCAAAGAAGUGUCUUAUCCCCUCAAUUUGAAACAAAAAUGGCAGCCAAUCUAUUCUCUCCAUCUCAUCCACUAUCCUCCAUUUCCAAAUACAAAUAUAGAGAGUUUUAUCAGCCAAACCUUAGUCCCCAUCAACAAACAACAACAAUAUCAAAACCCAGAAAAGCAUCAAAAUUAUCAGUUUCUGCAUCCGUGCAAGAAAUCUCAAUUAGUUCAGAAAUAGCAUCAGAUUUAGCUCAUAAUCUCAUUCAAAAUCCUUCUUCUUACGUUUUAAUGGCGGAAAGUGUUGGAUAUUCCGUUGCUAGCUAUUACACUUCUUUAGGUCUUUUUGUUAUCUCUGUUCCUGGUCUUUGGUCUCUAAUUAAACGUUCGGUGAAAUCUAAGGUCGUGAAGAAGACAUUCGUACAAGGAGAGGAGUCGAAGAAGGCUCCGAAUCAGGUUGCUGGAGAAAUUUUAUCCUUUUUCACUCGUAACAAUUUUGCGGUGUCUGAUAGAGGAGAGACAAUUACUUUUGAGGGGAUGAUGGUACCAAGCAGAGGGCAAGCAGCAUUACUGACAUUUUGCACUUGCAUAAGCCUAGCAAGCGUGGCUCUAGUGCUUACAAUUACCUAUCCUGAUGUGGGCAACAAUUGGUUUGCGAUCACCGCCCUUAGUCCUUUGGCUGGCGCAUAUUACUGGAAACGAGCCACAAGAAAGGAACAGAUCAAGGUGAAAAUGAUAGUAGAAGAAGAUGGGGCACUCUCAGAAGUCAUAGUUCAAGGAGAUGAUGUGCAAGUCGAGCAAUUGAGAAAAGAACUGCAGCUAAACGAGAAGGGGAUGGUCUAUGUAAAGGGAAUUUUGGAAAGAUAACUAUAUAGCACAGCACCUUCAGAGCCGAUUUCUUAUUUACUUCUAUUUUCGAUACUACCAAUUACCGAUGUACUUCAUAUAGAUGUAAUAAACAGAUAGUCACGGCAUCUAUUUUUCUGCAGAGAUUUUUUCCGGCAAA